AUGGUCGUACAAGUCGCUCGCAUCAUCAACCUAUGCAAGAACAAAAGUAUCGUUUUUUAUAACUCCGAAAAGAUCACGGAGAUCACACUUCCGCACAGCGGUCACGACAUCUUCGAAGCAGCACCUUGCUCGCCAAGAAUCCUUCAAAACAUCCCAUGGAAAGCCAGCAACCAUAAAAUGACGAUUACAAUCCAAGAACCUGACGACGGGAAGGAUCACGUUGUAUCUAUCAUUGAUGAUAACUACGCUUUCUUGUUGAAUGGAAAACGUAUCGGGGACUUGCAUCCCCUCGAGAGAGGACAUAAUCCUAAUGGAAUAUUAUUGGUAGCUAGAGAAUGCCCUGAGGAUCCGCACAAUCAUUUUGCUUUGGCUAUUUAUAAGACGGAGGAUUGGUUGGAGUUCGAGGGGAAUAAUAUUCUUCCGUGGCAGCUGCGGAAGCUUUUGCAUAUGGAGCCAGUUGCAACUUUGGGAGGGUGGUAG